AUGCCCCGCAUCGGCAUUGUUUUUGAGCUCCGCCACUGCGACACAAAGCCUGGUGAAAUGGUUUGUGUGCGUGGCUCAUUGCAGAGGCUUGGAAAUUGGGAGCUUGAAUGCUCCGACUUCGCGACACUCCACCUGCAGACGGAUCCUGCAAGGUAUCCCCGAUGGACUUCGAGAGCGCCUGUCUGGAUUGAUACUGCCGAGUGCUUUCCCGCCACCGACAAGACCUCCAAGGUUGCUUUAGACGAAGUCCUGCCUCGCAAGAACACUACCCUGAGCUUCCAGUACAAGUAUUUGAAGGACCGACGCUCCUUCGCCAGCGACCCGUGCGAGCAGGAUUUUGCCUACACUUGGGAGGUAGCCAUCCCAAACCGUGGAGUCUCCAUGACCGUGGAAGAUGGUGCCAUCUUCGUUGUCAGCGAUGAAAGCUGGAAUCGUCUGGGCCAGACGGUGAUCACCCAGAUGCGCAGGUCCAAGGAUACGAAAAAGCCGGCCUCACCAGUACCCGAGGCAUCGAAG